UGGAAGAGUAUUAUGAUUACACUAAGUCGACACACUGUAUUAGUUUUGUGAUGUCCAGAACAAUGAACAGGGCUAUUCAGAAUACGAAGCUUUCAAUAUUAUACCAUACUUCCAGCGGUGUCAUUAUAGCUACCGGAAUAGAAGCUGACGAAUCAUGGAAAUCCGAUAAAUACCACAAUGAUACAUAUGUGCCUAACAUUCUUACAGAACUAUACGGAUCUUACUUAAGCAAAAAAAGACAGGAUUACCCAAAUACUCUGCAAGAUGAAGUUAUUAUGCAAGAGUUCAUUAGGGUUUUACAAAACUGUCUGGAACAAAAAAAGAGAUAUUUCAAAAUACCGAGUUGGGAGUUUCACUAUGUUUUUACUCUUCCCACGAUAUGGGAUGUUGAAAUGCGAGACGAAAUUCGAUCUCUUUUUUUCAAAGCUGGUCUGGUUCAAGAGCAUGACCAUCCCGACAGAUUGCUUUUAAUCACUGAGUUGGAAUCAAGAGUUCGAUAUAUCCAGUCAACUGAUCUCGGUUUCCCAGGAACACAAUUAGAUAACGGUAGACAGUAUACGAUGUAUGCAUUAGAUUUUGAUGAAGAAGUACUCAUACAGAUGGAAAUAUUUUCGGCUCAUUAUCCUCCAACAUCCAUUGACAGCAAACGUAUCCCAAGAUUAUUAGAAAUGAGUCAGUUUACAAUCCCUUACCAGAUUGAAAAGAGGGUAUAUAUAGAAGCUUGUCUGGAGGAGCGAUAUAAUAUUAUGCUAUCACCAGACCUGCUGAAUCUAUUGACAAAUGAAAGCGAUGUUCCUUGGGAUGCAAAAGAAAAACAAAGAUACCAUGAUCCUACGGUUACCAAAUUCCAUGUGGAUGCGAUGCAUAUCCCAUUUCAAAAAUAUUUUGCCUAUAAACCGUUUAAAGGCUUACGUGAUUUAUACAAAGGAGAAUACAAUCUAGAUACAAGUGAGAUUAAGGUUAUAGAGUUAAUAACGAUAGGGGAUAUAUAUACAGAUUUAUCCGAUAUUAUCAAAGCAAUUUUUUUACAACAAAUGGAUCCUAUGUUUCAGGAUACAAGCAAAGGAACAGAAAAAAUUAUCAGCACCGAAACUAAAGUAAAAGUUAGCCCUAAAGUCAACACAAUCAUGUUUCCAUGUACCGAAAAUUUUUCGCAAAGUAGCGAUAGACAAAUCCUUUUAAAAUUUUUAGAAAAAUGGUCAGAAGAAUAUGACGAGCAGCAAGGUUUAAGCCUCAUGAAAAAACAAAUCAAAAGUGCAAACAAGUUUAGAGAUCCCAAGGUGAUAUCUGCAAGUGCAGAAAAGAGAUCAUUUGAUUUCUAUUACAGUCCUAGUUAUUUUAUUAACGUUGAUAUUACGCUUACAACAGUCAACUUUUUAAUAUUAUAUGAGGAGGAGGGAAACUUUGACAUAAUCGAAACCGAGAUUGAACAAUGUGGUAUACGGUCUUUUGAUAACUUUAUCGUACAUUCAAGUUUGCAUGAAAGGCCGUUAAUUAAGAUAACCAAAAGGUAAAAAUUGCUCAAAUGCUUAUCUUAAUAUUUACAUGAUUUGUUUAUAGAAUGAAGCAGAAAUUGGAAAUAAUAUUUCAUGAGUAUUUAAAGCAAUGCUCGAACAUAAAUGAACAAAAAACAAUCAAAGACAUGCUUGCUUUCUUUGAAGGAAAUGUUCUUGAGCAGCUUUUGAAUGGAAUCGAUUUAAAUGCAAUGUUUACAAAAGAAGAAAAUCUACCAGGCAUUGAUAGUUAUGUUGCAAUUAUCAGCCGAGACAUAUAUAAGCUGUUUCUUGUGGUAUCAUAUCUAUUUUAUCUCAACACGCUGAUAAAAAAAAGGCUAGACAUGUCUGCCAAAGGUAAAUGGAUACAAAAAAAUUUGGCAUAUGCGAUAUCAGUAGAUAAAUGGUUAUUGGAUAAUAUGUUUGGCACAAAAGAAGA